CCGCGGAAGCGAUUGGAUUUGCGUUCUUCGCGGAGGGGGGCGGGGAGUGGGGAGGCAGCGGGAGGCGUGGGGAGCGGACGGUGUGCAAUGAACUCCUUGGUAUUGAUCACCGUGGGCACAGGGGCUGAGGUAGUGCCAUUGGCCUCAGCCUCUGCGUGUGCCGCCUGCGGGUCCGGCUGCUCCCCCGCCGCGCCGUCCUCCGCGUUCCCGUCUACCUCCUCCGCUUGCCGGCGGAGAAAGAUUGCCGCGGCAGCCGCGCUGGCAGAUCGACUCUUGCUCCUUCCUAUCUCUGCUCCCUCGACGAGCUCAAGGAGAUCCUACAUCUGCGCGCCGGUUCGUUCCCUUGUUUCCGCUCAUUCGUCCGCCAGAGGAGGAGGACGAGGGGGAACAGUGCGACGAGCACGAGAAGCGACCGCGAUUGCUGCCGCCCAGGAGCGCCGACGGCGCGCGGCAUGUCAAACUCCAAUUACUACCACUAGGCCGACUACCCAUCUACCACUAGGAGGCGCAGCAGCGUUCUCUUCCCCUCUAUCCUCCUCCUCCUCCUCCGCCUCCGCCUCCGCCGCGGCUGCCUGCUGCUACAGUAGCUCCUACAUCUCUUUCCCCUCCGGUUUGCGCUGCUUGUCGCGCGACACGUGGCGACCGGCUGAGGGGGUUGCUGUUUCACGUUGUGCGGCGCUUACCUCUAUUUCUGUUCGAUCACCUCCUCCUCUCGGUAGCCGCACUGGCGACACGUGGCAGGCAUCUAGAGCUGCGGAUGUCACUGAUUGCGUCAGGAAUAGGUGGGAAGGCAAUAGUGGGAGGAGAGGUGGUAGUGGGAGUGGGAGGAGGGAGAGGAGAGAGAGCGAGAGAUCGGUGGUGAUGGCGAUCGUUGCGGCCAGUGAGGAGGCUGACACUGUGCCCAUACCUGCAGACAAACCUAUCUUAUUCGACGUGAUAUCUGAGUACUUUCUUGACAAAUACAGCGAUAAGGGGCCUUCAUUUGUCCCGCACGCAAUUGAGCUUCGGAUCACGUCGAAUCUCGCAAAGCGCAUUCUUGACAUGUAUAUCGCAGGCAAUAUGGGUGCCAUGUACAGAGCCAUGGAUGUGGAGUCGAGAGCGAAAGCGAUUGCAGAGAUCAACCAGUAUCUGGAUGUCUUAGAGGACAUCAUCACAUCAACACCAUAUGUGGCAGGUCCUGAGAUAUCAUCAGGUGACACGGCACUGUUUCCGAACUUUGUCUUCAUGAACUACAUGCUUCCACAGUUCUUUGGAUGGGAUAGCAUCUUCAAUCGGCGACCUAAACUUCAGAAUGUGGAAUAAUACGUCGCCAUAUGUUUUGUCUUUUGUGCAUUUGGUGAGUAGAGGCCCUUAGGGCGACUGCACGUAUUCCUAAGAAAAGAAAAAGGAGAAAACAAAAGGAAAACGAGAAAAGAAAAGAAUAACAAGAAAAGAAAAGAAAAACGAGAAGAAAAGAGAAUUAGUGACUCAUAUCUCCGACCUGAAUUCGAAUACAGACUAUAUAUAUACUCUGCCACCGCUAAUGAAGCACAAGUUUGAAG